AUGGCCAUGGCUAUGGCUAUGGAUAAGCUCCUCUUCACCCUCCUCCUCCUCUUCCUCCUUUCUUGCUCCGCAGCCUCCUCCGCCGACCCCACCGGCGUCAAUCUCCCACCGCCGUCGUCCUCCGCCCUCGUCGCCGCCGAGAUCCUCCGUAGCAGAGGCUACUCCCUAUUCGCCUCCGUCAUCGUCUCCCUCUCCUUCGUCAGCUCCAAUUUCUCCGGCACCGUUCUCGCCCCGCCGGACUUCGCCUUCGCCUCCGCCACCGCCAUGUUCCUCAACAACCGCCGCCCGGCGCCGCGCCCCUCCGUCACGCUCCUCCUCUACCACACUCUGAAACCGCCGCUGGUCCUCACGUGGCCCGCCAUCUCGGCACGUGACGUCGGAGAUGAGCUCCCCACCCUCUACAACAAUAACUGCCUCUACGUCUUCCGCAGCCCCUACGGCGGCGACGUCCUCAUUUCGUCUUCUCCGUUGAGAAACCCUCUCGACGCCGUCCAGAUCCGCCAGCCGGACCUCUACGCCGACGACCGUCUCACCGUCCAUGGAAUCGACGGCGUCCUCGACCCUUCCUUCGCCGCCAGGUGCAGCGCCGCCAGAAACUCCGACGUCCGUACGAUGGAGCAGGAAGGUCGCCGCCGCGUCAAUCGGACGUUCCUCGACCACGCGAUGAGAGGCCUCCGCCGCGCAGGCUUCACCACGGUGGCGGCGGCCAUGGCCGUUGCCAGAUCGGAGAUGCUGUCGUUGCCGUCGGUUACAAUUUUUGCCGUUUCCGAUCGGAAUUUGUUUCUGAAACCUGGCGGUUUCCGAUUCGAUUUUCAUCACCACGUUGUUCCGAUACGACGCCGUAUUGCAGAUCUCGCCAUUGGAACGGAGCUUGUUACUCUUGCUCCGAACAAAACCCUCGCCGUCGACUCCGUCGACGGCACCCUCACCGUCGGCGGCGUGGUCGUCGGAAAAACAGAGGUUUAUCGUAGCCGGUGGAUAAUCGUGCUCCCGAUCAUGAAUUCAUUUGACGACGUCGAAGAUCCUCCCCAAAAUCCAACAAUCGUCGAUCAGGUUUCCGACGACUUCGCAAAUUCCCUGCCUCCAAUUCCCAGCGCUCCUUCUCCGGCGCCGGCGUCGGCGUCGGAUCUCAACCCUAGUCCAGUGCCGGAGGUUAUUCCGGUCAUUUCGACGGAUUUCAAUUUACCGGAAGUACCCUCUCCCUCUCCAUUAUCGGAAAUCGGCGUCGGGGAAGCUCCGGAAUCCAGCGAUUCCGCCGGCGGUCAGUCACCGUCUGCGGAGGCGGAGGCUUCGCAGACCUCAGUGAGUUCUCCGGCGCCGGAGCCGGCGGCGGAAAAUCCUCCGGCGGAACCGGAGGAGCGGUGCGUGGUGGCGAGCGGGGUGGAAGGCGGCGACCUGUUCUGCGCGGAAGGGGCGGCGGCGCGGCGGAUGCAGGAGGUGGACGAUCCGAUUGGUGGACACGUGGACGAAUCUAAGCCGUCGAAUUUUGGUGCUGGUGAUACGGAAGGCGGGAUGGAUGAAGAUUUGACCCAAUUCGAGAAUGUCAAACUCGGUGAGAUUAAUGUCAACAUCGCAGAUGACAUAUUUUUCUACACCUGA